GCUCUCAGCUGUUUUUUGCCGGCGGCUUCCCCCUCAAAAUGUUGCGUGUUUUUAAUUUUCGCGUUGGAAUUCGCGUAUAUUCUGUGAAAGCAGCCAAAAAAGAUGCCAAAAAGUAUACAGACACGAUUAAUUUACCAAAGACCAAGUUCCCCAGCCGACUCAGUGCAGCCAAACGCGAGGAUCAGGAGCGACAUGUGCUGGAGAACAAGAUAGCUGUUUCUUAUGAAUAUCAGGAGCAACGACAACUGGGUAAACCCACAUUUGUGCUGCACGAUGGACCACCCUAUGCGAACGGACAGCUGCACAUGGGGCACGCAGUCAAUAAGAUCCUCAAAGACAUUACUUUACGGCAGCGGGUGGUCCACGGACAGGAAGUCAAUUACAUUCCUGGCUGGGACUGCCACGGUCUGCCCAUUGAGCUGAAGGCUGCAAGUGCAGCAGAGGGCCAGAAUGCAGCUGAAAUACGACAGAAAUCACGAUCCUUUGCCCAUGAGGCCAUUCAGUCACAGAAAGAGGAUUUCAGCAGCUGGGGGAUACUGGCCAACUGGCAAAAGGACAACAUAUACAUGACCUUCCGUCCAGAAUUUAUUGCCAAUCAGCUGCAAAUGUUCCACAAUUUGUAUGAACGCGGCCUCGUAUAUCGGGAUUUAAAGCCGGUGUACUGGUCCCCGUCAUCCAGAACAGCACUGGCUGAGGCUGAGCUGGAGUACGAUGCCAAUCACAAAAGCCCUUCAGUCUAUGUGCGCUUUGCCCUGAAUCCCAAUGGACUGGAGGUUGAGACCAAAGGAGCACAAAUCUAUGCACUGGUGUGGACCACAACACCCUGGACGUUGCCUAGCAAUCAAGCGAUUUGCUACAGUGCCUCCCUCGAGUACGUUUUGGUCAGACUUUUGGACCGCAGUCCAAGGGAACUUUAUCUCGUGGCCUCCGCUCUCGUGGCAGACUUCGCGGCCUCUACGCAACUCAAAUGCGAGGUGGUUCAGACGUUGCCUGGGAGCUCAUUGAGCACGUUUACCUACAACCAUCCCAUAGACAAGGCACAGAAGAGUCUACCCUUCUUCGAUGCCAGCCAUGUGCAGGACAGCAAGGGCACCGGCCUGGUACACACAGCACCUGCGCACGGACCAGAGGACUUUCUGGUUAGCCUGGCCAAGAAAAUACCCGUCAAGUGCAUGGUGAAUGAGGCGGGCGUUUACACGAAGGAAGCGCCUAGUUUUCUACACGGUCAAUCAGUGCUGGAACAGGGUAAUCCACUCGUGCUACAGCACAUAGCAGAGGAUGUUGUGCACUCUGCACAGCUGGAGCAUUCGUAUCCCAUUGACUGGCGCACCAAGCAACCAGUUAUCAUUCGAGCCAGUGAGCAGUGGUUCAUCAACACAGAUCGGCUGAAAUCCCGUGCUGCCGCAGCACUGGAGCAAGUAGAAAUCUAUCCACGUACCAAUGCUGAGGCUAGCAAACGGGCAAUGCUUACCCAGCUACAGAAGCGACCCUACUGGUGCAUAUCGAGGCAGCGCGCUUGGGGCGUGCCCAUACCUGUGCUCUACAGUCGAGAGACGGGACAGGUUGUACUCAAUGCUGCACUGAUAGAACAUCUCUGUAGUCUGCUGCGCAGUCAAGGUUCAAUGGACUUUUGGUGGUCCAAACCACUGGAGGAACUACUGCCUGCACACAUAGCAGCAGAACUCGGCCACGAAGUGAAGGAUCUGGUCAAGGGCAGUGACAUAUUCGACAUUUGGUUCGACUCGGGCAGCACCUGGUCUGCAGUGCUGCAAAAAGAACAGGUGGCGGAUCUCUAUCUGGAGGGUUACGAUCAGUUCACGGGCUGGUUUCAAUCCUCGCUGCUGACGAGCAUCGCUGCUCGCGACUGUGCACCCUACAAGGCGCUCUUCGUUCAUGGCUUUACAGUGGAUGAGAAAGGCCACAAAAUGUCCAAGUCGCUGGGCAAUGUAAUCUCCCCCAAACAGGUUACUAAAAAAUACGGCACAGACGCUCUGCGCUGGUGGGUGGCCUCCCAUGGCACCCAAAACAUGUCCAUUACAGUCAGCGACAAGCUGCUGCUGCAGGCGACUGAGAACCUCAGCAAGGUGCGCGGUACGCUGCGUUAUCUAAAGGGUGUGAUUGGAGAGCAGCAACCAGCCCAAGAGCAUACAAUGCAUGAUGUCAGCUAUUUAAACAAGUAUCUGCUGGCCAAUUUGGUUGACUUUGAAGCAGAGAUUGAAAAGCUGUACAAAGCGUAUGAGUACAAUCGCGUGGUGGCCUGCAUUCAGAACUUCAUUGCCAACCAGGUGUCUGCCAUUUAUGUGCAUCUGAUCAAGGAUCGCCUGUACUGCGGCGACGAUCGUGAGCUGCUCGCCAUUCGGCAAACGCUGACCCAUUGCUAUAGGCAGCUGUGCAAGAGCUUGUGGCCCAUAGCUCCCUUUUUGGUGGAGGAAAGCUGGAGCUACUAUGACCUAUCGGGCAGUGCCUUCCACGAGCAGUUGGUGCAGGCCCAAAGUGGCUGGCAUGACCCCAGGGCCAUUGAAGUUGUCAACGCAGCGCUCGAUGUUAAGCGUCUGAUCAACCAGCAGGCUGGAGAAGUCAACAGUUGGCACCUGGCUGUGACCAUCAUGAGUGGCAGCCAGCUGGAGCUGCUGCGGGAAUUGCAACCGACUAUCGGUGAAUCCAUGCGCAGCUCCGAGCUGUGUGAGAUACUGCAGGUGGGCAGCGUGACAGUCGUGCAAACCGAUCUGAAUGAAGAUCUGGAAAUUUCCCUGACAACACUUGACACGCCGCUCUGUCCGCGGUGUCGUCGCUAUAGUCUAGAGGAAGAUGCCGAAGCAGAGACGUGCAGGCGUUGUUCCCAGGUAAUGGAAUUGAAAAACUAGUCGUUCAAUCUUGUUGUUAAUAUUGGUGGAAGAGUAGAUGUUGAUGUGGUUUAUGGUUAAAAA